AUGUAUAUACAACAGGUGCAAGUUUCCUUUUUUUUUUGCCGAAUAGAUAGUAUCGGUGGGGCAGAUGAUGUAUUUGGUCACCCGGUUAUGUCCAUCCCCGACACUUCAAUUCAAGUUUCCUUCUCUUCACCUUUGUAUAGUCCGGCCUUCACUCGGUCUUACCGCGACAUGCCUUUGUGGCGCAAGUUGGCUAUUGUUGCCGCCGUCGAUGGCUUGGUACUACAUGCCGGUGCCAACGGACCGAACAAUGGGAGCAACAAUGAAGCUUCCUCCAUUCGCAUUGACUACAAGACGAACAAAAUCACCGCUCUGCCUACAUAUGCCUCGGACUCCCUCGGAAGAGACGCCCUAGAAGCCUACGGUCUCGUGGCGAAUAUUCAAGGCCGUCCAGUCUACGCAGUGACAAAGGUCGCAAUCAUCCCCGUCUCCUCACAAGAAGAUGCCGGCCGCGCAAUCUCCCAGGCUAGGAAGGAUACUUCCCAGAAUGAAGUGAAUGUGGAGCCGUCUUCUGAUGAGGAUGACGUUCCCGAUAAUGAAACAGACAGAGCGGAAGCCGAGGCGGAGAUCGCGAGCGUCCCCGCAUCACCCGUCCGCGAUACUAAACAUGUCCGUGGAAUCAGCGUCGGCAGUAUCGCGGAAGAUGUGAUUGGGAAGAGAGUUCGAUUUGGUCGAUUUGCGGCAAACUGGCUGUCGCGCAAAAACCUUGGCUUGCCUCAGCCAGGGGCUCUAGGACAGGACAUGCCAGAGUCCCCAAUCGAGGAAGCUCCCAGCCCGUCAGAUGAUGAUACUGACGGCAAGGGUGAGGCUACGAAAGAAGGCCCAACAACUGAUGCUGGGACCCAAAGCGAGGAACAGCCUAAAUCCGCCCAAGCUGCAGAUCUGCUGCCGAAGCUUCUUCGCUACACAAAGUUGCUAUUUGCAUCGCAUAAUUUCUUCUUUGCCUAUGAUUAUGAUCUAACGCGUUCUUUAAAUACCCAGGAAGCUCGUAAAGAUCAGCUUCCUCUCCACAAAGUUGUGGAUCCUUCAGUAUGUUUCAAGGGAUUCGGUUUAUAUUUUCGCAACUAUAUGCUGACCUAUUUGCAGUAUUUCUGGAACAGACAUUUGAUGCAUACAUUCAUUGAUGACGGUGCACAUGGUUUUGUUUUACCUUUAAUCCAGGGCUUUGUUGGCCAACGCGAAUUCACAAUCGCUAGUGCUACCCCGAAGCCAUCUGCACAAUCUCCAGAGGAACUAGCUGGAGGUCGGAUUCUCGGCGAAAAAACCGAGGCCGAAGAUGCUGCACUUGACUCUAGCAAACAUGAUUAUCUUUUAACACUCAUCUCUCGACGUUCUGUCAACCGGCCUGGUCUCCGUUACCUGCGCCGUGGUGUCGAUGAUGAGGGUAACACAGCCAACACGGUUGAAACCGAACAGAUUCUCUCGGUGCCAGACUGGAGUCCAUCUCAUGCUGCCUAUUCAUACUUGCAGGUCAGAGGCUCUAUCCCUCUGUACUUCUCUCAAUCGCCCUAUGCGUUGAAGCCUGUUCCUGUGCUUCAUCACUCUGCCGAUACGAAUCUUCUUGCUUUUAGCCGACAUUUCCGAGACAUGAGUCGUCGAUACGGAAAGAUCCAGGCCGUUUCUCUCAUUGACAAAUUGGCUGGUGAGCUAAAGCUGGGAGAGCAAUAUGAGAGAUAUACCGAGUCAUUCAAUAAUGCCGGUGGUAUCGAUGGCAGCCCAUUGCAGCUGGAAUGGUUCGAAUUCCACCGUGAGUGCAGAGGAAUGAAAUUCGAAAACGUUUCUCGCCUUGUCGACCGUCUCAAAGAUACAUUGAAUGAAUUCUGCUACACCAUCGUUGCAGAUAGCGAUGUCUUGCAGACGCAGAAGGGAAUUAUUAGGACUAAUUGUAUGGACUGUCUUGACCGCACCGGUGUUGCACAGUGUGCCUUUGGACAAUGGGCCCUUGAACGUCAGCUUGAGAAUGAAGGCAUUGACAUCGACCUGGGCGGCGAUUCUUCUACACAGUGGUUCAACACUCUCUGGGCCGACAACGGGGAUGCUAUUUCCAAGCAAUACUCAUCCACGGCAGCCUUGAAGGGCGAUUACACUCGCACACGCAAGCGUGAUUACAGAGGCGCCCUGAACGACCUGGGUCUUACCCUCUCCCGAUACUACAACAACAUAGUCAACGACUUCUUCUCCCAGGCUUGUAUCGACUACCUCCUGGGUAAUGUGUCAACUCAAGUCUUCGAUGAAUUCGCCAUUCAGCUUCAGACAACCGACCCCGGAAUCUCGGUUCAAAAGCUCCGCCAAAAUGCCAUCGACACAAGCUGCAAGAUCGUCAUCAGCAGCCCCUCUGAAGAAUUCCUCGGUGGCUGGACAAUGCUCACACCUCGCCAACCAAACACCCUUCGCACAUUGCCUUUCGAGGAAUCCGUUCUUCUACUUACAGACGCAGCGGUAUAUAGCUGUCGAUUUGACUGGGAAACAGACAAGGUCCUUUCCUUCGAACGCAUCGAUCUUCGCUCAGUCUCUCGCAUUCACUAUGGAACAUACAUCACCUCCAUCCUCACAGACAGCCAAGCAAACGAAGCAAGCAACGUUGGCCUCGUCCUUGUCUAUCGAGAUGGUGACAUCAACACCUUACGAGUGAAUACCCGCUCCCUCCAAAGUGACGUCGAUCUAAGCACACUUGAGACCACAGCCAGCACAAACAGUGAAUGGGACCUUGUCUCCUGGCUGCGUGGCAGCAAACCAUCCACUACACGCUUCAUGGCUUUCAAAGGGCUGCCAUUGUCCAAUUCCACAGCUAGCCCAAGACUGGGUCCCACUGGUGGGACUGUUAGAGAAAUGGACCGCGUCCGUUCUAUCUGCUUAGACAUUGAGCGUGCCAUGCUUGCAGGACAGGGCCGUGCUGGUGAUGUCCCUUCUGCUGUUGAGCAGUCUGAUAUUAUCUCUUUGGCUGAUGCCAAGAAACGCACUGGAUGGCUGGAGUAUCUUGUGUACGACAUCAAAAAGAUGGUCUGGGCCUGA